ACAGCUUCUUUUAACCGAUACAGCGACGGUCUCUCUCAACACUUCCAUUGCGAGUAUUCGCGAAUCCGAAACAGCAGCAGCAGCCGCCAUGGAAGUGUUACACCGGACAAUAUCGCUUUUGUUGCUUCUACUACUGAGCUCGAUCUCUCUGAAAACUCAAGCCGAAGUGAUGGAACUAACCACCGAAACCUUCUCUGAUAAGGUUAAGGAGAAAGACACUGCAUGGUUUGUGAAAUUUUGUGUUCCUUGGUGCAAGCAUUGUAAAAACUUGGGGUCACUGUGGGAGGAUCUAGGGAGGGUUAUGGAAGGAGAAGUCGAAAUAGAGAUCGGAGAAGUUCACUGUGGUACAAGCAAAACUGCAUGUACAAAAGUCGACAUUCACUCGUAUCCUACAUUUAAGCUCUUCUAUAAUGGAGAAGAAGUUGCAAAAUAUCAAGGGCCAAGAGACGUUGAAUCACUCAAGGCAUUUGUUUUGGAAGAGGCAGAGAAGGCAGCCAAAGCUCAAUUUGAGAAGGAUAGUGAUCUGUAAUUGAUGUAGGUGCCUGUUUCAUUAUUGCAUUUACUUGUUUUAUUUUGAUCUCGUCCUUUUUUUAGAGAUUGCUUGCUUGGGUGAAAAAGAAGGGGCGUAGGAGGAUGUUCCCUCGCAUAUUAAUUUUGGAAUCUGUUAGUGUUAUAUGCAUACAUAAAACAUACCUUCUGAUGUGUCAUUUGCUAUUGGUCUUACAACAAUCAUUCUUGAUGUACAGCAGACAGAACUCAGAAGACUCUUGAUAGAACGAGUAAAACCAGUUUUUU